ACGUCUGUGGGAGUGCCCGGCAAGAUGGCGCCCGGCAAGAUGGCGGCCGCCGGCGGUGUGCGCUGCUCGGCGGGUCGCGCGCUGUGCGUCCUCCUGCUGUGCGGCUGGGCCAUGGCGGAGCGCGGCGUGCAGACCCGCGAUGCUGCGAGAACAGAAGUGGUUCAAAAUACUUCUUCUGGAAACGAGAAUGAAACACUAAGCAGCUCCCAGAAUUUGACAGACAGCUGGCAGGGUGUGACCCCAACAAAAAAUGAGAUGAGCCCCACAACAGCUAAAAUCAGUUCUGUGACAAUAGGAAAACCAUCCACAGCUGAAGAGGAUUCAAUGCCUUCUGUUUCUCGUGUGGUGACUGCUAGUCCUGCACCUCAGGUGGAUGUUGAUGCCUCUGAGGAUACUAAAAUUGAGGAGGAAGAUCUUCUGACAGAUUUGAAAGAUGCACUGAAUAGUUCACCACCCAUAGAGAAAGAAAUCCUGGAUUCGGAUGGAGAUGAUUACGAUACUUUUGAAAUGACAUCGAAUUCCAGGUACAACCCAGACCUCCUGGAAAUGCCAGAAGAUGAUGACUCUGACGCCAUCAGUAAUUACAAUGAGGAGAUCAAGUCGCUGGAUGAGAAGAUAAAAUAUGUGUCUGUCUCAGGGCUGGAAGAAGAAGAGGACAGCCAUUUCUUCUUUCACCUGGUUAUAGUUGCCUUCUUAGUAGCUGUUGUUUAUGUCACCUAUCACAAUAAGAGGAAGAUCUUCUUAUUGGUCCAGAGCCGAAGAUGGAGGGAUGGGCUGUGCUCCAGAACAGUAGAAUAUCAUCGUUUAGAUCAAAACGUGAAUGAAGCGAUGCCUUCGCUGAAGAUUACUAAUGACUACGUAUUCUGAAAGCACUGUGAUUUGAGUUUGCUGAACUUUAUCACUCUUUGCCUGCCUAGUCAUGUAAUGAUAUUCAGGUAUUCUAAACAUGCCACUUGUACUGAAGUGAGAGGCAGCCUCUUGGACCUGGGUGUUUUUGAGAUUAAAUCUCAUGCAGGAUCAAGGGCACGAUGCGUCUGUUUGCUACUUUGGUCAGAUUUUAGAUCAGCUAUAGAGAUGCAGUUUAAUAAUCAGUGCUGUUUCCAUUCGUUAAGCUUCAUUUCUGUCUGGAGCAAACUUACUACCAAUCCAAACGAAAAAAAAAGCAUAAAAUAUUCUAGGUCUAAUAAAUUAAUGAGUUUGGCAUCACUAAAUCAAAUUAAUCUCUUUGCUAAUCACUUACAUGGCUCAUAAAUCUCCCUUUAGUGCAAACUUAAAAUAUAACUGCUUUUUCCCGUGCUCAAAUCCUGAUGCUGCAGAUCUUUCAUCUUGUCUUUUUUGGUUCUGUUUUGGCUUUGCGUAGCUUGAUCCUAUUCUGGACAGAAUAGCUGGCAUGACGGCUUCAUAACUUCUGUAUGUGCUCAUGCAGCAGGUCAUUUAAAGAUAAUGAGGUAGAAAGCAUUUGAUUUCAGAAGUUCCACACUGCCUGCUUGUUCAGAACGCUGCUGAUGUGUGGGAAGGUGUGCAGCUUUGUGACUGCCCGACUGAUGGGAACGACUGCUUCAUUUUCUUCUGAAAUUAAUGAAUGGAAAACAAGCCUUGUUCAGUAAACUUAACUGAAAUAGAGGUAGUUGACAGGCCUCCAAUACAGCAAAGCUUACUGCUGAGUUUUAAACCCAUUGGGAAAAAGGUUUGGUCUGUUAUAAACAGGGGAGGGCUGAGAGUAAAACGCUUUGUCUUGUUAUUCUGACCCAGGUAACAGGCAGAUGGAAAUAGCAGUGUGUGGGACUGCUGCAAUGCAGACAGAACUCACAGCUACACAGCAGGUAAAGCAAGUUACCGGUACGGUAGGGUGGUCUGUUGUGUUCAAACCUUGUCUUUUCUACUUCCAUUAUUUAUGUUUUCAUGAGUUGUAAAAUAUGAAAUCGUAGUUUUCUGUACAUUCUGUUGGUGAUUUUUGUUUUCGAGUUGAUGAAGAUGUAAAUAACGCCAGAGCAGAACCCCGUCAUUAAUGCCGGGCUAUUCAAGUAGGGAUGUGCCAUCUGGGGAGGGGCAACAUAAAGGUGUGCAGCAUGAGGAACCCAAAGGCCCAUCCUGCCUGAAGAACAAAGAGCUGGGAUUGUAAAUCCUGCCAUUAAAUGCUUUGUUUUCCUUACCACCAGAAAGUAAAGCACAGACAAAAUACCCCCGGAAUCUUUUCUUGCAGUAAUUUGUAUCAUAUUUGGACUUGUAUCACUUAGUAUUUUGAAGAAGGUUUUUAAAAUAAAUGCCAAUAAGAAGUU